AUGUCAAGGGUGUACACUCUUGAAGGCCAAGAAGACCCCACCCGGUGUGGUGGUGAGAGCGCAUUGUGGUAUACCUUAAGGUUUUUUACACCUUUUUUCUCAUAUAUCCACUUAAAAAUCAACCAAUAUGGCUCAAGAACUGGAUUCUAUGGUCAAUUUCACCCUUGGUCACCACUGGAGGAUUCACUGGAACUCAACUGGAUUGGAAACUACACCCUCUGGACCAUCACUACACUCAAUUACACAACUCACCACCAGGCAACUAGAAAUGGUCUCUGGAUAUCCGCUAUCCUCUGGCAGAUAUCCGCCAGUGCCAACGGAUUCCCGCCAGCGGAUGCGGAUGCGGAUGUGGAUGUCCCCUUUCCCCUGAAAUCCUGGCGGAUGUCUGGGUAUCCCAGCGGAUAUCCGCCCAUAUAG